GUUCAGAGCUGGAGCAGUAGCGAGCCAACAUGGCAGACGGCAAAGGUGGAUCGUUUACCAAGGUCGUCCAAAAACAUGCAGGACGUGCGAAAGAACGGAUAUUGCAAAACCUUGGGCGAGCAGACAGGACUAAGGAUGAAGUUUUUGAAGUGUACUUGUACAACUUCACAAGGCAGCAGACGGCAGCAGCCAAACUGCAGAAGGAGUUCAAAAACUAUGUGCUGUGCAUCAAGAGCUUGCAGCUAGCCAGCAAGGCACUCAUGGACACACUGAGUGAGAUCUACGAGCAGGAGUGGGUCGGACACGAACAGAUCCCCGUCAAGGCACAGACUUUGGAACUUCUUUGGGACGACUACCACAGGAAGAUGAAUGACCAGGUGAUGAUUCCAUUGAACAGCUACAUCACUCAGUUUGUAGACGUUAGGGGCCGCAUAGCCAAGAGGGGUCGCAAGUUGGUAGACUAUGACAAGUGUCGGCACAGUGUGGAGAGUCUGCGUAACUCUGCCAAGAAGAAGGACGACUACAAACUGGGCAAGGCACGAGAAGAACUUGAGGAAGCCAAGCAGAUGUACGAAGUGAUCAAUAACGAACUCCAUGAGGAACUCCCGACGCUCUACGAAAGCCGCAUCCCGUUCCUGGUGUCCAACCUGCAGACAUUCUUCACGGCAGAGAGCACCUUCCAUUCAGAGAAUGCCAAGGUGUUCUCUUUUCUGGUGGACACCAUGCAGAAGCUGGCGACUGACAGUGAGUGCCAGGGCAGCACCAUCAGCACCUUGCCCAAGCCCACUCGUAGCAGCUUUCCGCGCAUUCACUCCAAGAGAGAGGGACCGACAGCUGAGAGAAUGUCGCUGGUAGCGCCGACCGAGUACAGCCGAGACACUGGCACGCGGUAUGCUCGCGUCCGACGCCACUCGGCGCACGGGGGACCCCUCGAGAAGAGCCGCCACCUUGGGGCCAGCUUUCUCUCGCUCAGUGCGACCACUGAAUCGGGCAGCAGCCGGCCUGUCGAGCUGUACCUUGUAGUUCGACCACCCACAAAUGCAGCAGCAUCCGAGUCUCGCUUGAAGGCCAGUUCGGUCUCCAAGGAGGCGGACACGCGGCCCUACGAGGAGAUCGAGUUCAAGAAGGGUAAGAGCAAUCGUCCGAGCGACAUUUCCAUCAAGGUUACCGAAACAAAUGGCCAGGUCAGCAACCCCCCCCUCAUGGUUUCCCCCGUGCGGAGUGAUCCCCAGUGUGUGGCGUGUGGCACUAGCUCCCGCAUGAAGUGCAUCUGGCUGAACGACGCCGAGUUUUCUUUCCUGCGCUACCAGCCGUGGCAGUGCCUGCGCUGCGCUGUCAACCACUCGUUCGAGGCAACAGGGGCCGGCAGCCCGGCUGCACGGCGAAACCUCUGCAUCUGGUUCACGCGAGUCACCCGGCUCAAGGCCAACUACACCGAGCUUCAGUGCAAGAUGCUCUCCUCUUCGACCGAAGCGGCUCGGCUUGAAAAUGAAGACUCGGCGCUGGUCAACACGCCAGGUUACCGGACAGGUGAUCGCAGCGCAGAAGUGACACCUAGACGGGAUGAGAAAGACUAUGAACCAGUGGAUGUUGGUGCGCAGAUGAAUAGUGAUGGUGACAGACCAGUGGGUGACGAGUUAUAUGACAUUCCUAUAGGCGCCACAACUACAGAUCUACCUGCUGGAGUCCUCUACAGGGUCCGUGCUACGUACAAGUACACAGCCGAGGAUGUGGACGAGCUCAACUUUGAAAGUGGCGAGAUCAUUCGAGUUAUCGAGUACGAUGACCCCGAAGAGCAGGUAAGGCGAUGGCAGAGAAGUAUGGGUUGCGGAAGUUCCUCAUCGUUCAUGUUCAUUUUGCAGGAAGAAGGCUGGCUGAUGGGCAUCAAAGAGUCGACGGGCGAAAAGGGCCUCUUUCCAGCGAACUUUACACGGCCCAUUUGAGGCUCGAGUGGGACGCCCUGUGAUCGGCGUCGCAUAUUUUCUUCGUUUCCUCGAAACUUGACGCAGUAACUGCCAGCUUAGGGAGUGCUCCCACGUUUGCUGUAUUGUACUUUGCUUGGAAGUGCCAUUUGUAGCAGAAGGGUGCUCCCAAAGCGGCAGGAUACAAUUUAACGACACAUUUAAUCGAGUAGGAGUAUGCUCUACUAGCAGCAGUCUUUCCAAGGAAAACAUGAUGGCCUUUCCCAUUUGUUGGUGAUUAACACUUCUGGCUGUCCUGGACUGUUCAUCCAAGCCCUGCAUACACCCAUUGAGCAGUGUUUCCCCACACUUUCUUCGCCCCCAGAGAGCCUUCUCUUCUGAUCUAUCUUGACUCUGGUCUUUCCAUAUGGUGUGGAUACAGAGUGGUAUAUAGAAACUUGGAAACCUCACAUCGUUGCUGUGUACUUAUUUAUUCUUUUCUCGAAGACCAGAAAGUUUCAUUCGCUUUUGUUUACUUUUUUGUACCUUAUCACUGUAGUUCCUGAUGAGUUCAUGUCCUUCUUCAGGAGGCAGAAAUUGUGCACUUUUUUUCCUGUAGAUAACCAUUAUCAGUGAAGCACCACUAAUGCAAGAGUUGCCUCUUUCACGUGAGGCAGCUUUCUCGUGUGACGAUCCCAGUUUUCCGUCCAAAGGGGUCAUAUUAUUUUUGGCUCCAGUCUUUUGACACGUUUGCUGGGCAUCCUCACUGUGUGCUCCAAGUGCCAAGUUCGCAGCUGCUGCCUUUUGUGUGGCUUUCCACCCAAGAGGCUAUUGGAAUACGCUCGUUGCUAGUCUUAGCGACAGCAGUAUUCUCUCAGCAUUUUUUACUCACUGCCAAAUUGCACAAGCCAUUGCCAACUGGCUAAGAGGGAGACUUCCUGGCAGCUUUCAAUACUUGUGCAUGAGACGGUCUUUUCGUCUUCCUAAUAAAAAGUUCUCUGUAGACAUCAAAGUGAUCUGCUGUAAGUUGGGUAUACAGCCAAUGGGAAGUGCACCUUCACUGUUUGGUCUUUACAGUCUUGUUAAAGGUUCUUCCAGCAGUUCUUCAGUAGCUUGGGCUUCUCGGUUAUAGACCGCGAAAAGAUUACGCCGCCAUCUACAUCUGUGUUCCAUAGGACAUCUUUGUACCUUUUUCUUUAGUCUGCCUGUUUCUUUUUCCAUAUGGACUUAUGCCUGUUCCAUAUCUCAUUUCAAGUACUUUCGUUUAGUUUGGUAAAUAAGAGAUAUUUGCAAUCAAAGCACUCAGCGCCUCACCCUGUAUGUUAAUCAUGUCACCAGGCUUGCUUUGUCUGUGGCAAUUUUUUUUCCUUGCUACUUGCAAUGUAAUAACAUUCAGAUCUGAUAUUGUCUUAUGUAUAGUAAAAAAAUGGAUUCCCAUAGU